AAGCAACAUAUUUUCUGAUGUUGUAAUUUUCACCUUUUUCAUGACGACAAUUUUAAUAACGCUGUCCAUUAACAGUCAUCAGGGUCAGCUUCUAGUAUCGCCAGGAGAAGUCGUGGGCUGAUCAAUCGGAGCUGUCUACUCACCGCGCGUCCGUGACAAUGAGCGCCAUUCUGUCUGCUGAUGACUUGAACGACUUUAUAUCUCCUGGAUUAGCGUGUAUCAAGCCUGUCGAAUCUUUACCUCAGAAAAGUACAGCUAGCGCAGAGAAUGCAUAUGAAGUAACGACAGAAGACAAAGUCCAACCCGAGAAUCAAGCUCCGACCCAGAUCUCCCUUACGGAUUGCCUCGCCUGUUCGGGUUGCGUUACCUCUGCCGAAGCCGUGCUGAUUUCCUUACAAUCUCACGCCGAAGUCCUUAAUACGCUAGACGCCCAUCGACCAGCGCCAUUAAUAGUCGCCCAAGAUGGAGAUAUCAGUGCGUCUCGAGAGAUAGAACCCAAUGAACGGAUAUUUGUUGCUAGUGUUAGUCCGCAGGUCAGGGCGAGUUUGGCUGCGACGUACGGUAUUUCCGAGCGCAAGGCGGGAUAUAUGAUUGAUCAGCUUCUUCGUGGACCGCAAGGCUUACGUUCAGGAGGAAAGCAUGGAAAUGGGUUUACCUGGGUUAUUGAUACGGACGUAUUGCGGCAAAUGGUCCUUACACUUGCUGCUCAGGAGGUCACCGAAUCCCUAUCGGCACCCUCUACAUGCAAGGAAAGUGGGAGGUACUCGAGCCCGAAGCGACCCAUAUUAUCAUCUGCUUGCCCUGGAUGGAUAUGCUAUGCCGAGAAAACACACCCACAUGUUCUACCGCAUCUUUCACGCUUGAAAUCACCUCAAGCAUUAGCGGGUACUUUUGUCAAGUCUAUUUUAAGCCGCGCUUUGGGCAUCGCUCCGUCUCAAAUCUGGCAUUUGGCUGUCAUGCCCUGCUUUGAUAAAAAGUUAGAGGCUAGUCGCGAAGAAUUGACCGAAGCGGCAUGGAAUAAGAGCUCAAAUACCUCUCAGUCUCCUGUCCGAGACGUUGAUUGUGUCAUUACCUCGCGCGAAUUACUGAUGCUGGCAUCAUCCCGGAACAUAUCACUACCAUCCUUACCAUUGAAACCCUUGGCUCUAGCUUAUGCACCUCAUUUUCCGGACUCUACUAUCGACUCAUUCUUAUUUUCAGGCACACAUACAUCGAAGCAAAGUUUGGCUUACGGAACCUCCGGUGGAUAUCUUUACUAUAUACUGUCUUCGCACCAGGAAAGACACCCAGGUAGUCGAAUUGAAGCGCAACGAGGACGAAACUCGGACGUUGUUGAAUAUUCCUUGGUGUCGGAGUCAAACGAAACAAUCAUGAAAGCAGCUCGCUAUUACGGAUUCCGCAACAUUCAGAAUCUUGUCCGUAAGAUGAAGCCAGCUCGCGCCUCACGUUUGCCUGGUGCAAAGCGUGGAACCACUGGCUCUGGUGUGAACGGCUCUUCAGGGCUUGAUUAUGCAUUUGUGGAAGUGAUGGCAUGCCCUGGUGGCUGCACCAACGGAGGCGGUCAGAUUCGUCUCGAAGAUGCUCGAGAAGCAAAUUCUAACAUGCAUAAUGCAUCUAUUGACGAUUCCACUAUAAUGACACAGAAAAAUACAACCUAUGAGCAGCGUGAGUGGCUGUCGCGAGUAGAUGAGGCCUACUUCUCCGCGGAGUCAGACUCUGAAGACCAAGCCAAAUCUGCAGCGACUCUCACUUCACUACAUCACAUGGAGAUCAGAACACAUAAUAUCCUUCAGCAUUGGACGAAUAUGACUGGAGCAAGGUUAGAAGACCUUGUAUAUACGACAUUCCGCAAAGUGGAAAGCGAUGUGGGUAAGGACAAGAACGCCAACGAUACCACACGAGUUGCUGAACUUGCAGGCAAGAUAGGCGGAGGUUGGUGAAUUGAUGGCAAUUUGCAUAUGUAAAUACCCAUUUUGCAUUACAUAGACUACAUAUAAGUCAGCGAUUCGAUAUGCUGUUC